AUGCAACAAUCCAAGAGAAUGCACGGAGCCAAAAACGGACCACCACCACCCGUCUACCCUCCAUUCACCAGUCACUCGGGGAAAACGUCUGUCACGAAAUGCGCGUGCGGCAUGCCAGAAGACGACGCCGUGGACAUGGUGAUGUGCACCAAUCGAAAGUGUUACACGUGGCAGCACAGUCAAUGCGUCGGAUUUAAAGGAGAGGAUGACCUCUCCAACUAUGAAUGUCCAUUGUGCUCUAGAGGUGAUAAAUGGAGCGAAGAAGAUGAUAAACGGUUGAUGAAAGAAUAUGAGUUGGAAGUUGGAAAGAAGGAACCGAGAGACAGGAACGAGUUCUUCAAAGAAUUCCUUGAAAAAUAUGAAAUCGACGAGAAAACCAGUUUUCUUGAUCGCCGAUUCAGAAAACUCUCCGAAGAUUUCCUACUCGAUGAUAGCGUGGAUAUUAAUCGAAGAGCGGCGGUGUGCAUUCGGGGAAGGCUCAGAAUUCCGGAAGAUUUCAAAGAAACACUCGAAUCAUGCGGCAAACUAAAGUCAGAUGGAAAUAGAGGGUACAAAUACACUUCAAAGGAUAAGAAAGUCAAAAUCGUUUCUGUUCCGCGUCGAAAAGUAACUAUGAAGCCUGAAGAAUCAGAAGAGGAUCUUGCAGCAUCAAUGAAGUUUAUCCGAGAAUUUCUGGAAUCGACACUUUCUCAAGCAGCUUCAGUCCCAGCUGCGCCUGGUCAACUAGUACCAGCAUCAACCAUGCCUGCAGCAGCUUCACACUUGGCUCCGAAUGCUCCGUUUUCACCGGCCGAGGAUCCAUUAGCUCUCCCAAACGAUGCUUCAGCUCCUCAGUCUCCAGGGCUCCAAGACGUUCCUGAGUACGACGCACCUCAACAAGACUUCGAUUCACCACAAGAUCUGACUCAAAAUCAGGCAGAAACUUCGGAUGUGGCUCCCCAAGACACUCGGACAACAUCUCCUGAUGUUCACGAAAGACUCUUAGUGAAGAUACGUCCAUCAGACUUUCCAUCGCUCUUUCCGGCUCACCUUCUAGCGGCGUCUCCUACUCUCCAUCUUCCGUAA